AUGGAUCCGUCUAUGGGACAGGAGAGGAGAACACCGGUCACUCCGUCCUCGUCCUCGCGGUACCACCGCCGGCGGUCUUCUGGCUCCAGGGACGAACGCUACCGAUCAGAUGUGCACACAGAGGCGGUGCAGGCGGCCCUGGCCAAGCACAAAGAGAGGAAGAUGGCGGUGCCGAUGCCUUCGAAGCGACGGUCGCUGGUCGUGCAGACCUCCAUGGACGCCUACACGCCACCAGACACUUCCUCAGGCUCCGAGGGCGAAGCUCAGGGCGACGGCGAUGAGGAGGAAGGAGGAGACGGCGAAGACGAAGACGGAGGAGGAGGAGGAGGAGGAAGAGGAGGCGGCGGCGGAGGAACCUCGUCGAGCCGCGAGGGGAGCAUCAGCAUGGAGCACUGGAUCAGCCGCGCCAUCCACGGCACCUCCUCCACCACCACCACCACCUCCUCCACCGCCUCCUCCUCCUCUUCCUCCACGCGCAGCGGGGGGAGCGGGGCGGCGGGCGGCAGGCUGGCUGACGUCCUGGCGCAACACGUCCACAUCUCUGCCCACCAUCAUCACCACCACCAUCAUCAUCAUCGCCACCACCACCGCAAGACAGGCAAUUUAAGCCACCUCUCCUUGAAGAGGAGGAGGAGGGGGGCGUUACCGGCUGGUAUGAUAGAGAAUGGAAACUCUGGGCCGAGGCGCUCCGAGAACCACUCUGCCCCUCCAGAUGUCACCGGCUACACCAACAACACCGCCAACACCACGGCAACGGACGGGAUCCAGGUGGAGAGGGCCCCAGGUGCCGGCACGGCGGUCCAGAGACAGACGCCCAAAUACGGCAAUGCGGAGCUGAUGGAGACCGGAGACGGUGUUCCAGUCAGCAGCAGAGUUUCAGCUAAAAUCCAGCAGCUCGUCAACACUCUGAAGAGACCCAAGCGGCCGCCGCUCAGAGAGUUCUUUGUGGAUGACUUCGAGGAGCUUCUGGAAGUCCAGCAGCCGGACCCCAACCAGCCCAAAGCCGAGGGGGCCCAGAUGGUCGCCAUGCGGGGCGAGCAGCUGGGCGUAGUGACCAACUGGCCUCCGUCUCUGGAGGCGGCUCUGCAGAGGUGGGGAACCAUCUCCCCUAAAGCUCCCUGUCUCACCACCAUGGACACCAACGGGAAACCGCUCUACGUCCUCACUUACGGUAAACUGUGGUCCAGAAGCGUGAAGGUGGCUUACAACCUGCUGCACAAACUGGGAACCAAACAGGAACCGCUCGUCAAACCCGGAGACCGAGUGGCGCUGGUCUUCCCGAACAAUGACCCUGCUGCCUUCAUGACGGCUUUCUACGGGUGCCUGCUGGCCGAGGUCGUCCCCGUGCCGAUAGAAGUACCGCUGACCAAGAAGGACGCCGGCAGUCAGCAGAUCGGUUUUCUAUUGGGGAGCUGUGGAGUGACGGUGGCUCUGACCAGCGACGCCUGCCAUAAAGGGUUACCCAAGAGUCCCACUGGAGAAAUCCCACAGUUCAAAGGCUGGCCUAAGCUGCUGUGGUUCGUCGUCGAGUCCAAACACCUUUCCAAACCUCCCAGAGACUGGUUCCCACAUAUCAAGGAUGCCAACCAGGACACCGCCUACAUCGAGUAUAAGACCUGUAAGGACGGCAGCGUCCUCGGUGUGACGGUGAUGAGGAUAGCCAUGCUCACACACUGCCAGGCCCUCACACAGUCCUGUUCAUACACAGAAGCUGAGACCAUAGUGAAUGUAUUAGACUUCAAGAAGGACGUAGGAUUGUGGCACGCCGUCCAGACUAGUGUGAUGAAUAUGAUGCAUGUCAUCAGUAUUCCCUACGCUCUCAUGAAGGUCAACCCUCUGUCCUGGAUCCAAAAAGUCUGCCAGUACAAAGCUAAAGUGGCGUGUGUGAAGUCGAGGGACAUGCACUGGGCUCUGGUGGCGCACCGGGACCAGCGAGACGUCAACCUGAGCUCCCUGAGGAUGCUGGUGGUGGCCGACGGCUCAAAUCCCUGGUCGAUUUCCUCCUGUGACGCCUUCCUCAACGUCUUCCAGACUAAAGGUUUGAAGCCGGAGGUCAUCUCCUGCGCCAGCUCCCCCGAGGCUCUGACUGUAGCUAUAAGGAGACCGGUGGAGGACGGCAGCACUCCUCCUGCUCGCGGCGUUCUGUCCAUGCAGGGUCUGAGUCACGGCGUGAUCCGGGUCGACUCCGAGGAGAAGCUGUCGGUGCUCACGCUGCAGGACGUCGGCUCCGUCAUGCCCGGAGCGAUGGUGUGUGUGGUGAGGCCUGAAGGAAUCCCUCAGCUCGGCAAAACCGACGAGAUCGGCGAGUUGUGCGUUUGCACCGUCGCCACGGGAACCACCUACUACGGCCUGGCCGGCAUGACCAAGAACACCUUUGAGGUCUUCCCCAUGACCAACAACGGAGCUCCCAUCAGUGAGUUUCCCUUCACCAGGACCGGCCUGCUGGGGUUCAUCAGACCCGGAGGUGUGAUCUACGUGGCGGGGAAGAUGGACGGACUGAUGGUGGUCGGAGGACGGAGG